AGAGAAAGGAAGGCAGUUGGAGACGACGGUAACAGAGCAGCUCGUCCAGACUGCUGUGUGCUAUGUGAGCUGUAAACAUUCAUUCGAGUUACUGGAGUUUUAUCUAGAUGAUUUACCUAUUUAUUGUGUUUUUAAAUUACUAACGUACAACAUACGUACAUGGCUGCGACAGGACACCAGGCCUGCUCGGAACGAGAAGGCCUAUCUAGCUCAGUGACUCACUAUGGCUCCACAGACAACAGCGGAGAGCAUGACCAUCGGAGUAACGAUCAAUGCAAAAACCACAGCAACCAUUUGUUUCCCACGACGGCAGAAGGUCAUUGGGUCGGGGCUGAUGUGGAAGAGGAGGCCAUUCGCAGGAAGUUGAAAUACUUCUUCAUGAGCCCUUGUGAUAAAUUUUACGCCAAGGGUCGCAAGCCUUACAAGCUGAUCCUGCAACUGCUCAAGAUCAUUAUUGUCACAGCUCAGUUAGUGCUGUUUGGCCUUAGCAACCAGGUAGUGGUGACCUUCAAGGAGGAGAACACUAUGACCUUCAAGCACCUCUUCCUCAAAGACUACGACGAGUCCUCAGACAACUCCUUUGCUGUUUACACGCAGAACGACGUCUACGACCAGAUCUUCUAUGCCGUGGAGCAGUAUCUGGCCUUACCGGAGACCACAGUGGGACGCUAUGCAUACGUCUACGGUGUUGGUGUGAACAACAGUGCGCUCUCCCUCUGCCAACAGUACUACAAGAAGGGUAGCAUCGACCCAGCCAAUGACACCUUCAGUAUAGACCCUCAUGUUGUCACAGACUGUAUAGGUGUAGAUCCGCUGGCGGUCCCUUCAGCUCAGCUCACCAGCAGCUACAAGAACUUUACACUCAAGUUCCACAAGCUCAUUAACGUCACCAUAGAGUUCCAGUUGAAGGCGAUCAAUAUACAGACCAUCAUCAACAAUGAGAUUCCAGAUUGCUACACUUUUACCAUAACAAUAGUCCUGGACAACAAGGCUCACAGCGGCAAGGUGAAGAUCCAGUUACAAAACCAGGCGUCAAUAAAGGAGUGUAAAGACCCGAGCGUCUCUGGACACGGUGAGAUGACUGAGAACUACACUCGUGUAGCGUUUGAUGUCGCUGUGGCUCUGGUGUGCAUGCUGUCACUGCUGCUGUGUGGACGCUCCAUACUGCGGGGCAUCAUGCUGCAACAGGAGUUUGUGCAGUUCUUUGGGGAGACUCUGGAUCGUAAAGUGUGCUGGGCAGACCGGUUGGAGUUCAUUAAUGGAUGGUAUAUUCUCCUCAUCAUCAGUGACAUCCUCACCAUUACUGGCAGCAUCAUCAAAAUUGGCAUUGAGUCUAAGAAUAUGUCCUCAUAUGACUUAUGCGGCAUCCUGUUGGGUUCCUCCACACUAUUGGUGUGGGUCGGAGUAAUUCGCUAUCUCACAUUCUUCCAGAAGUACAAUAUCCUGAUCGUGACACUUCGAGCAGCCUUUCCCAAUGUGAUUCGGUUCUGCUGCUGCGUGGCCGUCAUCUAUCUGGGCUACUGCUUCUGUGGUUGGAUCGUCCUGGGACCAUAUCAUGUCAAGUUCCGUUCUCUGUCCAUGGUGUCCGAGUGCCUGUUUUCCCUCAUCAACGGGGACGACAUGUUUGUGACAUUUGCGGAGAUGCAGGAGAGCAGCACUCUGGUGUGGCUGUUUAGCCAAGUUUACCUGUACACCUUCAUCUCCCUCUUCAUCUACAUGGUGCUGUCACUGUUCAUUGCACUCAUCACAGGAGCCUACGAGACCAUCAAGCACCAAACCCAAGAACCAAUGCACAUCACAGACCUGCAUGCCUUCAUAGCAGAGUGUAAGGAUGCACCAAACUCUGGGAAGUUCAGAGGUCUGGAGACCUCGCCUUGCUCCUUCUUCUGCUGCUGUGACAGGACGACGACAUAUGAGGAUGUCCUGCUGGUGAAUUAAAGUUAACUUCACUGACCUCAGAAGCCUCACCAACCUGUCCUGCUGACCACAGGGAUGCACUGCACUGCACUCCUGACCCCCAGUGUCUCUGCACCACCAUGCUGUAUUUGGGUCAAACCUCAUCACUCAUUUCAGGGAGGAGUCACCAUCAGCUGGACCAGCACUCUGUUGAAGGAAUGUGUAACAGAAGUCUUCUUGUUGGACCUCUUAUCUUUUCUGUCUAUGAAGAAGAAACUGAGGGCUGAUGCAGAAAUUGGCCUGUCUUCUGUAUGGACAGGACUUGAGCAUCCUAAAUGACUAAUGCACAGAUGCUUCUCUGUUCCUUGUUGGGUUUUAAAAGAAAAUAGUAUAUUUUCCAAUGUAUUUAAAGUUGCAAUAUGUAAUGCUGACAGCAAGUGUUUAAAAUAGUUACUGCAGUACAAAUUUAAAUCACUGGCGAGAGUUGUCCCCACCUCUCCUCCCCAGACUUAAAGUUCAUGAAGGUUGCCAGGCUGAGACCUUAGCAUCCAUAGUCUCGCUUUGCCAGACCCUCUUUCAAAGCGCGCUGAAAUAGCAUCCACAAGAAUGUCGCCAUGUCUCACAUAGCCAAACAUUACUUCAAAGCACAGCAGAGUUUAAAUGACAUACAAUGCCCAUCCCUUGUAGCUGUGACAAAUUGUGUGAAAAAUUAUUAUCAGGAGUGUUUUACGCUGCGUUGAAGCGAGCCGUUCAGUCACUGUUCCCAUGGUCAAAGCCAGAACCAGAGAAGGUAGGCUAACAUCUGUGGCCUGUUAAUGUUGACAGCAAUGUGCCCGAGCAACUGACAGUUAACAUGUCCAAAUUUAUACUUAGUCUCGCUACACGUAAUAUCAAUACAUUUUAUCAGCGGUGGAAAGUAACUAUACCGUAGGCUACUUUGAUUCAAUUGUAAGGUGCUUUUAGUCAAGUCAUUUUCUCCUACUUACUAGGCUAGUUCUACAAUUGAGAGUCAAGUUGGCUAUUGUACGUUUCCCUAUUUAUUUUUUAGCUUUAAAUACUUUGCAGAUUAAGAUUAAUAAUACAAAAUAAUAUGCAUAAAUGAUGAUGUAUAUAGUGGAUAAAGUUGAGACUUUGUUGAUCCUGUGGGGAAAUUCACAAGCUACCUGCCAAGUAAUACUUUUAUUUUGGUGAAAGUAACUCAAGAUUAACGCAAAAGUAGUGUAAAGCAUACAAUUCAUAGACUGUAAUAUAACCAAUUAUUCUCAAAUGACAGUAACUAGUAAUCAAUAAUGUCUUACAUUUUGGAAGUAACUUGCCUAACAUUGCAUAUUGGACCUUUAAUGAUGCACAAUGUUAAAACGGGGGCAGGACCUAUUGCCAAGAUACUAAGUGGGUACAGAUACCACUACGAGGAUCUAUUUUUAAACUUUUGUUUUUUGUUUUUUUAAUCUUUGUUUUGUUUUGUUUUUCCUUUUAUAGUAUUUCAAAAUAGUUUUUUUUUUUAGAACAGGGCACUUAGACAUGUCACAAAACAUAUCCAACAAAUUAUCCUU